AUGCCGACGACCAUGCAAAUGCAAUCUAUCUCGGGCAUCAUCACUCAAGUGAGGAAUACAACGGGUGAAGUACCACCUCCGUUGGUGGGAGCGUCAGUGACGGUAGUAGGGGAUCGAGUCUUUGUAUUUGCUGGACGACUUGUCACCUCACGAAAAAUGACCAACCACAUGUACGUAUUGGACAUUGGCGACUUGACUUGGACACGACACAUUCCACCACCUGACUCGGAUAAACCGCCCAAGGCUCGCUAUUUCCAUUCUGCAAGUGUGCACAACAAUUCGAUUGUCGUCUUUGGUGGCAUGGGAUAUUCGCGUGUUUCUGGUGAUGGAUUAUGUGUAUUGGAUGACAUCUCGAUCUUCGAUAUUGACACAAUGUCGUGGCGUCGCCCUGAGAUUAAGCCUUCACUAUUCGCUCCACGUCCACGCUAUGCUCAUUUGGCAUGUAUCGCUGAAGAUAAUAAGCUCAUCAUUAUUGGUGGUCAGGAUAUGAACAACAAUUAUCUCGGCGAAAUCAACAUUCUCGACCUUGAUACUUGGGAAUGGGUGCAAGUCAAAGAGCUCGACAAACAUGUAGGCGCUUAUCGUUCAAUUGCCAUCACAACUCCACCAGGCACUCGUUUACCAGCUGUACUCAACAUGAAUGAUCAACAACAACAUCAUCAUCAGCAACAAGGAUUGGAUGCAAUGGAUAAUAAGGAGGCUUCUUCUACUCAGCAACAACGUCGAGCAUCCAUGGUACGGCAAUAUGGCCAAUUGUUGCAGAAUACACAAGAACCUACGCCAAUCUAUUUGUACACCAACUACAACUUUGCAGACGUCAAACGUGAAUUGCAAUUGAUAUUUUCACCUUCGUCACCUUCGUCGACGAUCGAGGAUUGUUCGUCCUAUAUGACAGGUUCAGUGAUGCCACCAGGGUUGCGUUUCCCAACAGGACACACAUUGGGUCAUCAUCUCGUACUUGCUGGCACCUAUUUAUCUCCUCAGAGCCAUGCUUAUACCAUUUGGGCCCUCAAUCUUGGCACAUUGACUUGGUCACGCAUCGAGACAGGAUCUGUGUUUGGUACUGGAUCAUGGAACAAGGGUGUUUUGCAUGCUGAUAGCAAUCGCUUGUUGGUAUUUGGUCAUCGAUCUCGCAACCUACUCGAGGAUUACAAUCAUCGACAAGUCAACUUUGAUCACGUGGCUACGGUUGAUUUGGAAGCAUUUGGUGUAUACAAUUUGCCCAAGCCUACUUGCUCUUCACUUGCACAAGAAAUGGGCUUGUCAUUACUCAAUGAACCAUCCGUAUCGGAUUUCCGCAUCAUCACGCGUGAACGCCAAUCGAUUGCUGUUAAUUCGGCAGUGUUAUCACAACGAUGGCCCUAUUUCGCUGAAUUGAUGAAGACGAAUCGCGACAUUACCACCACGGAGACGGCGAGUACAACACCAACGCAACAAAGCAAUAGCAGCAGCAAUAGCAACAACGAUGCACCGAUGCCAGACGACAAUGAAUCACAACCAGAGACACCACAACCACAACCCUUGCAACGAUCGGCUAUCAAGAGUCACAGCAUGAUGUUUCCAUACCCACACGCUGUUGUUGUUGCCUUGUUACAGUACAUUUAUACUGACAACCUAUUGACAGCCCAGCAGUAUCAGCCUCAUGUUCUUUCACAGCUCUUGUUGCUUGCCGACAUGUACAAUUUGACACGGCUACGAGAAUUGACAACACAUGCAUUGCAUCAGAUGCUCAACAUGUCAACUGCACCAUUGAUCUUUGAAACAGCAGCAUUAUCUCAUCAAACAAGUCUUCAGAUUCGAGCACUCAAGAUGAUGAUUGCAGCCAAAAAGAUGAUCCAACAACAACAGCAACAACAAAGAUUGACAGCAACAAAUACCAACAAUGGAUUGCCCACUGAUGGACGACAACGAUUACCAUCAUCGGCAGGUCUUGUGAGCAAUAGUGGUGGUGGUGAUUCGCCUACAUCAAUGACUUCGGGUUAUAUGCCAAAUCCAUCUCCACAACGACAACAUUUUUCAUCCAGUGCUUCAUCACCUUAUGGGGAUUCACGUACACCAUCCAUAUAUGAACCAGGCAACCAUAGCCCAUCCAGCAGUAGUGCUGCAUCACCUACCUUAUCCACUUAUCGUGCACGUACACCAUCAUUGACCAAUCGAUCCAAUCCUUUACCACAACAACAACAACAACCACGCUCAUCUCCUUUUGGAACAACUCGAUCCACGGGUUCAUCUACAAGUCCUCCAGGAACACCUCGCCAGUUACCCAUGGGUCUUCCACAGCAUGUCAUGGAUACGGAUGAUCUCAGCGUUUCUUCAGGUGCAACACCCACGUUUCCCUUGGAUCAACCUCCACCUUCAACACCUGCACCCAAAGCAAAAGAAAAAACCAAAAAGAAGAAACCAUUCCUGGAAGCAUUUGGCAGCAAGUUUUCAAUGUCAUUUCAGUAA